AUGGCAAAUAUCCCCCUCCUACUCUUCAUUUGUCUUCUGGGAGCUUGUCUUGGUGCCGAAAGUACAGUCUUCAUCAAGAGCAAAGAGGCGAGCUCAGUUCUGCAGAGGCACAAGCGAGCCAAUUCAAACAGACUGGAAGAGGUUAUUCCUGGGAACCUCGAGAGAGAAUGCAUAGAAGAAAAAUGCAGCUUCGAAGAAGCCCGAGAAGUGUUUGAAAACACGGAGAAAACAAUGGAGUUUUGGAAAACAUAUAUUGAUGGAGAUCAGUGCGACCCCAAUCCAUGCAAAAACGGAGCUGUUUGCAAGGAUGCAGUAAGUUCCUACGUGUGCUGGUGCCCACCUGGGUAUGAAGGCAGAAACUGUGAGAUAGACUUCACUUGUGCUAUUAAAAACGGAGGCUGCAAGCACUUUUGCAAGCAUGACCCGCCGCAGAAAGUUGUGUGUUCCUGCGCCGCUGGCUAUAGACUUCAUGAAGAUGGAAAGUCCUGUGAACCUACAGUGCCGUACCCCUGCGGGAGGAUCACGGCUCCCGAAGCCAAGAGCAAGCUCACCCGAGCCAUAAACACCUUUGAGCACUGGAACGUCACUGCUGAUGAGCUUGACAAUGCUAAUGACGAGGUGCUCGACAACGUCACGGAAACCAGCACCGUCGCCACCACGAAAAUCACACCGAUCAUUAAGACGGGCACCCGGGUUGUCGGCGGAUCAGACAGCAUGAAAGGCGAGGUGCCCUGGCAGGUUCAUCUGGUGAACAGCCACGGCGUGGGCUUCUGCGGCGCGUCCAUCAUCAACGAGAAAUGGGUAGUGACAGCGGCGCACUGCCUGCAGCCGGGCGACAACGUCACUGCCGUGGCAGGUGAAUACAACACCAACAAGGAAGACAACACAGAGCAGCAGCGUAAGGUGGUGAAAAUCCUUCCCCAUCCCACGUACAACGCUGCGAUCAACAAGCACCACAAUGACAUCGCCCUCCUGGAGCUGGACCAGCCGCUCACCUUCAACAGCUACGUCACGCCCAUCUGCAUCGGCAACCGGGAGUUCACCAACGCCCUGCUGAAGCAUGGGAUGGGGACGGUGAGGGGCUGGGGCGGUGCCCCCUCAGCCACCAUCCUCCAGGUCCUCAAGGUGCCCUUCGUUGACCGGCCGACCUGCCUCAAGAGCACCUCCACCACCAUUCUGCAGAACAUGUUCUGCGCGGGCUUCGCGUCCGGGGGCAGUGACACCUGCGGGGGGGACAGUGGAGGUCCCUACACCACCGAGAUUGAGGGCACCUGGUUUCUCACCGGGAUCACCAGCUGGGGCGAGGAAUGUGCCAAGCCAGGUAAAUAUGGCAUCUACACCAGGGUCUCCAAGUACCUGAAGUGGAUAAAGGACAUCACAAGGCUUACCUAA